AUGCUCGUUGCUUUCUUCUUCUUCCUCAACGCCGCCGUUGCCUCCCACGACCACCUGCACCACAAGCGCGACCAUGUCGUCGCCGCGAGGCUGUCCGCCAUUGAGGAGAAGGCCGACCUGCUGAAGCGUGCCAACUACAUUGCCACCACCGGCAUCAAGGGCACCCUCUCACCGCGUCUGGAGAUACGCAACCUCAAGAAGAAUGCCGACCAAUGGGCCCUGUACAUUCUCGGCAUGGCCAAGUUCCAGGCCAUGUCCCAGAGCGACCCGCUGUCUUACUAUCAGAUUGCCGGUAUCCACGGCCGUCCCUUCGUCACCUGGAACCAGCUUCCUGAAGUCAACGCCGCCGGAAUGUGCCCUCACGUUUCCACUCUGUUCUGGCCUUGGCACAGGCCCUACCUAGCCAUGUUCGAGCAGGCCUUGUUCACCCAGGUUCAGGCCGUCGUCAACACCGCCCCCGCUUCUACCAAGAGCAGGUGGCAAAACGCUGCCAACACCCUUCGCAUUCCCUACUGGGAUUGGGCUGCGGUUCCUCCUUCCGGCGAGGGUGAUGUCCCAACUGCCAUCCGGGACCAGACUGUCACUGUCACUGGCCCUACUGGCACCCAGACGCUUAAGAAUCCGCUCUACCAAUACACUUUCCACCCGCCUAGCAACGACCUCGGAGGUUCUCCUUUCAACACCUGGACAACCACCAUCCGCCGUCCGUACCGUGACAACGACCAGCAGGCGUGGCGCAGCAACAAUGGUGAAUUCGACUCCGUGAUGAACAGCAACCGUGUCUCCCUCCGUGACCGCGUCUACAACCUUUUCAUCAACAACGCCAACUUCGCCCAGGUCAGCACUGAAGCCACUGGCACCAACACCGGCAACCCCAACUCUCACGAUAGCUUCGAGAGCACCCACGACAGCAUUCACGUCAUCUCUGGUGGCGACACUGGCCCAGCUGGAGGAGGAGAUAUGUACUACUUGGAUUUGUCCGCCUUUGACCCCGUUUUCUGGUUGCAUCACGCCAACGUCGACCGUCAGUUCGCCAUGUGGCAAGUUAUCAACCCCAACACUUACGUUGGCAACGGCAUCAUCACCCAGAACAACUGGCAAUGGAACUCGGGCGAGAUGAAGAACUCGUACACUCCCCUGAAGCCCUUCACCAAGGACACCAAGGGCACCUACUUCACCUCCAUGGACAUCCGCAAGACCACUGCCCUGAACUACUACUACCCAGAGACCAAUUCUGGCGCUACCGCCUCAUCUGUCAAGUCUGCCGUCAACACCCUCUACGGCCCCAACUCCAAGUCCACCUUCAAGCGUGACGUCGCCGGCCGUAGCCUCCCCUACGAAGGCCGCCCCGUCCGCCAAGGCGACCACGAGUACCUCCUGACCAUCAACUGCCACAAGUUUGCCUUUGACGGCUCAUACACCAUCUUGGCUUUCCUCGGGAACGUCUCCGACGCCAACCCCCAGGCCUGGUACACGGCCCCCAACCUCAUUGGCAUCAACGGUGUCCUGGCCAUGAAGGGCAUGGGCAACUCCACCGUCCCCAUUGAGGGCUGCAUUCCCCUCACCACCACCCUCCAGGGCAAGGUCGCCACCGGCGAGCUCGAGGACCUGACCCCCUACAAGGUCUCGCACUACCUCAAGCAACACCUCACUUGGCGUGUGCUGCGGUACGGCAACGUCGUCGUUCCCGCGGACGAGGUCCCUGGCCUGCACCUCGCUGUCUCCACCUGCCCGGUUGAACCCGCGAAGGCUGCUGACGAGUUCCCCACCUGGGUCGGCACCAUGCAGAUCAUGGCCAACGUCACCGCCGGCAAGCCCGCUGGCAACCCGUGGACGCCGCCUGCCAACCCGUACGGCACGCCUAGCUCCCCCAGCGGUGCGCCCAGCGCGCCGUACCCGACCAGCUCGAACGUCCCGUGGAACCCCAGCGUGCCGGAGGACGAGCCGGGCUACUGUGUCUCCCACCAGACGAUCGAGUAUGUGGACCAGGAUGGCAACUUCCUGUACAGUGAGAAGUCGUAG